AAGAUGGAAACUUCCACCUCAACCACUGCUGCCGAGAAGAAAGAAGCCAAAAGUGCAAUUCUGGAGGGGAAUGGUUUUACCAACACAGGAAAGAAAGCCUCUCCCUUAACUGUGGCAGCAGCAGCGGCAGCGGCAGCAGCAGCAACUGCCCAAGGAGUGCCACAACACCUACUUCCAGCGUUCCACGCUCCCUUACCGAUUGACAUGCGACAUCAGGAGGGAAGAUAUCAUUACGAACCUCACUCUAUCCAUGCUAUUCAUGGGCCUCCUACUCUGAGCGGCAGCCCUGUUAUUUCUGACAUCUCCCUCAUCCGGCUUUCGCCACACCCUGCAGGUCCUGGAGAGUCGCCCUUCAACCCCCCUCACCCUUACGUGAACCCUCACAUGGAACACUACCUCCGCUCCAUGCAUAGCAGUCCUACCCUAUCUAUGAUUUCAGCAGCGCGAGGCCUCAGCCCAGCUGAGGUGGCCCACGAGCACCUUAAAGAGAGAGGCCUCUUUGGCCUUCCCCCUCCAGGGGCAAACCCUUCAGAUUAUUACCAUCAGAUGACACUCAUGGCGAGCCACCCAGGCCCUUAUGGGGAUCUCUUGAUGCAAGGCGGAGGAGCUACGAGUGCCCCCCACCUCCAUGACUACCUCAACCCAGUGGAUGUGUCCAGAUUUUCCAGUCCCCGGGUGACCCCAAGGUUAAGUCGCAAGCGGGCCCUAUCGAUCUCCCCACUCUCAGAUGCCAGCAUUGAUCUGCAGACAAUGAUUAGGACCUCUCCAAACUCUCUGGUGGCUUAUAUUAACAACUCUCGAAGCAGUUCAGCAGCUAGUGGUUCCUACGGGCAUCUGUCUGCAGGGGCAAUCAGCCCAGCCUUCACUUUCCCCCACCCCAUCAAUCCAGUGGCCUAUCAGCAGAUCCUGAGCCAGCAAAGGGGCCUGAGCUCAGCCUUUGGACACACCCCACCCUUAAUCCAGCCCUCUCCCACCUUCCCUACCAGGCAGCACAUGGCCGUCAUCUCAGUCAACCCCACCCCAACACAGCUCAGCAGCAGCAACAACUGCAUAGCUGACUCAAACCAGAACAAGCAAAGCAGUGAGUCAGCUGUGAGCAGCACGGUCAAUCCUGUAAUUAACAAGCGCAGCAAGGUCAAGACUGAAACUGAGGGGCUGAGACCAGCAUCCCCACUGACACAGGAACAUCUGACAGACCUCAAAGAGGAUUUGGAUAAAGAUGAAUGCAAACAAGAGCCUGAGGUUAUUUAUGAGACCAACUGUCACUGGGAAGGCUGCGCCAAGGAAUACGACACCCAGGAGCAACUUGUCCAUCACAUUAACAACGACCACAUUCAUGGAGAGAAGAAGGAAUUUGUCUGCCGCUGGCAGGACUGUACCCGGGAGCAGAAGCCUUUCAAGGCUCAGUACAUGCUAGUGGUACACAUGCGUAGGCACACUGGAGAGAAGCCACACAAGUGCACGUUUGAAGGAUGCUCAAAAGCCUACUCCCGACUGGAGAACCUAAAGACACAUCUGAGGUCCCACACGGGUGAGAAACCUUACGUGUGUGAACACGAGGGAUGCAAUAAAGCCUUCUCUAAUGCUUCUGACCGGGCCAAGCACCAGAACCGAACUCAUUCCAAUGAGAAACCCUACAUCUGCAAGAUCCCUGGUUGUACAAAGCGAUACACAGACCCCAGCUCUCUCAGAAAACAUGUGAAGACAGUACAUGGUCCCGAUGCUCACGUCACCAAGAAGCAGCGCAAUGAUGUCCACCCAAGGGCACCUCCACUCAAGGAAAAUGGUGACAACGAAGCCAGUGCCAAACAGGGCAGAGCCGGGCUGGAGGAGACCGCCGAAGCAAACAGCGCCAACCAGGCAGUGGAGGACUGCCUGCAUGUCAAAGCCAUCAAGACAGAGAACUCGGUGUUGUAUCAGUCCAGCCCCGGGGGCCAGUCAUCCUGUAGCAGCGAGCCCUCACCCCUCGGCAGCACCAACAACAAUGACAGUGGAGUAGAGAUGACCAUACACAGUGGGGGUAGCCUGGGAGACCUGACGACGCUGGACGACAACGCUCCUGUCGCUGACUCGACAGUCCCCUCUGGCACGUCAGCAGUCAGCCUGCAGCUGCGCAAACACAUGACAACCAUGCAAAGGCUUGAACAGCUCAAGAAGGAGAAGCUGAAGACAGUCAAGGAUUCCUGUUCAUGGGCAAACCCGGCUCCUCAAGUCCGAAACACCAAGCUGCCUCCUAUUCCGGGAAAUGGCUCUAUCAUGGAAAACUUCAGUGGACCCACAGCACCCCUGCCCAACCCGAGGAUCAUGGAGCUGUCAGUGAAUGAGGUAACCAUGUUAAACCAAUUGAACGAGCGAAGGGACAGCACCACCAGCACCGUAAGCUCAGCCUACACUGUCAGCCGCCGUUCCUCUGGCAUCUCCCCGUACUUGUCUAGCCGCCGAUCCAGCGAGGCUUCUCCCUUCGGGAGCCGCCCCAACAACGUCAGCUCUGCCGACUCCUACGACCCCAUCUCCACCGAUGCCUCCCGCCGCUCCAGCGAGGCCAGCCAAUGCAGCGGAGCACCAGGGCUGCUGAACCUCACACCGGCUCAACAGUACAGCCUGAAAGCCAAAUAUGCUGCAGCCACUGGGGGGCCCCCACCAACUCCCCUCCCAAACAUGGAAAGGAUGAGCCUAAAAAAUAAAAUGUCUCUACUUGAUCCAUCAGAGUCCUCUCUGCCACCCCCCUUCCCGCGUCAGCUAGGACCAAGGCGUGGUAGCGAUGGACCGUCGUACGGGUAUAGUGCUGCCCCCACCUUCCCCCAUGAAGUUACAGGCAACGGGACAAGGCGAGCAAGUGACCCCGUGAGGAGACUGGCUGCUGAACCUUUGUCUCUCCCCCGGGUGCAGCGCUUCAAUAGCACCAACAGCAUGAACCCGCCUCAUCUACCACCCUGUGCGGAGCGGAGGAACUUCAGCCUCCAGAACUACACCCGCUCAGAUGGCGCUUUGCCCCGCCACGUCUAUUCUCCCCGCCCUCCAAGUAUCAGUGAGAAUGUUGCUAUGGAGACAAUGGUGGUGGAGGCAGAUGGCCCCAGUGGGGAGGAUGACAUCGUGUUACCCGAUGAUGUAGUACAGUACAUCAAAUCACAGAGUACUGGUGCUGCUGAAGAGAAUAAUGCCCUGGCAUACCAUGGAGAAGCCUCAAGUUUCCCUGGGAGCCUGAAGCUGCCGAGCCCAGGCCUCCACGGCCCACGCAGGAUGGCAGCAUCCAACUCUAACGGGAGCCAGCCGGCACCUAUGCUGGCUGAUUGCCAGCUGGGCUACGGUACCCCCACCAACCUGAACAAAAACAAUAUGCCUGUGCAGUGGAAUGAGGUGAGCUCAGGCUCUGUGGAUGUUCUUUCCAACCAGCAGGCCAAACAAUUUCCUCAGGGCAACUUAGCUGUGGUACAACAGAAGCAGACCUUUGGGCAGUACCAGAGCUACAAUCAGCAGGUCAUGCAGACAAGCCCCAGUGAUCUCGAUAGCACUCAGUCCAACCUCCUCCCAAGAAAUGGGGUUGCUCCUGGACCGAGGGUCAAUUACAUGCAGGUCCGGCAACCGCUACAGGCCAGUCCCUGCCCCAACAUGAACCCGGACUUAAGCCCUGAUGCAGGAUACAGCCAGCCUCACCCUAUGCUGAGCCCAAACACAAUGGGUGGGGACAUGAAUCAGCUCUCCCCAUCAUGUAGCAAUAUGGGAGUCAAGACAGGGCACCUGGGCCUCCCUCAGCAAAUGGAUGUUACCUCUGACCCUUCCCUGAUGGUAAACAGCCGGAGAGAGCACCCACUAUCCAACCCAGCCAUGCACAUGGUGACCACACAGAACUACUCACAGCAGAGCCAUCACCUGCCACCCUCCAUGAGCCAAGAAGGCUACCACCAGUCCCCAUCUCUUCUGACCUCCCACCAACCCAAUUUUGUUGACCCUCAACAAAACAUGAUGGGGUCGAUGGGACAGAGCUUUGGACCGGGCCUGGUACAGCCACGCCCACCUGCGGAGCCAAGCCCAGCCAGCAGACACCGUGGGGUACGUUCUUCACAACAGCUAGGCUACAUGAGAGCCACCGCUUACCCGAUGGCCGCUGGAACAUCCAGCCAGGAGACUGGGGAGGCUAUUCCCAAAUCAAUAAAUGACAUGGUCUCACCACCACAGCAGCAGCAGCAACCACUGCAACAACAGAAUACCAGUGGACCUCGGGAUAACAGCAUGAUGUGCUACUACGGGCAGAUUCACAUGUAUGAACAGAAUGGGAAUUUUGAGAACCAUGUGGACUGCCGGGUAAUGCAGCAGCAGCAGCAGCAGCAGCAGACACAGCAGCAGCCGCAGUGUUCAUUGAGCAGCAUCAAGCCACAUGCCAUGGCCUCUCCAGGGGCCAAUCAGGUGUCGAGCACUGUGGACUCCCAGCUACUGGAGCCUCCACAGAUCGAUUUUGAUGCUAUCAUGGAUGAUGGCGACCAUUCAAGCCUAAUGUCGGGAACCCUGAGCCCCAGCAUCCUUCAGAAUCUCUCCCAGAAUUCCUCCCGCCUCACAACUCCACGGAACUCCUUGACCCUGCCCUCAAUCCCAGCAGGGAUAAGCAAUAUGGCUAUUGGGGACAUGAGCUCCAUGCUAACGACAUUAGCAGAAGAGAGCAAGUUCCUUAACAUGAUGUCUUAACACAAAGCACAAGGAGGCAAGGAGGGAGGGGCUGUUUGCCAAGCAAUCUGAUGAAUGUGCUUUUGAAAAAUAAUCACUUCCUAGAGAAUAGAGAUUUUUUCCAGCAAGUAUUAAAUACAUGAAAGGGAUUUUAACAAAUUAUCUGUACAGC